AAAUGUUACAUCUUUUUCAAAAAUCUUGUACGUUUCCACUUGAAAAAUUAUCUCCAAGAUGCAACAAAACUUUUUCUUGUUAGUUGUCAGUCUACUGACUCGUAGUAGACAGCAUAGUAAGCAUGUAAUGUCAAAAGUUUGAUUACUGGAUUAGUAGGUGUCGACCAUUGAGUAUCGCAACUCAUUUGCUAUAAGUCAUAAAUGAUAAACUAUUAUCUCUGUCAAAUUCGGAUCUCAGUAUUCACUAUUCACUAGACAGUAGUUCAAUGUGGGUUACUUAAUACGAACAUAUUAUUUAUAAAUUAUAAAUUAUUUAUUGAAUGAAGGUAGAAUUUAUUUGAUAGAACUUGUAUAAGUAAUUUAUUUUGACAAAUGAUUUAAGAACGUUAGUACAUGUAUAGCCUAAGAGAAAUAAAGUUUUACUGAUAAAGUUUUUAGUUGUUUAACUGUCGCUAAGUUUUUAUCCAAAAACGUAUUAAAUAUAUGACCUUGUACAAUAUCAUUGUUAUCAAGUUUUGAUGUAACACUGAUGUUAAAUUCGUACGUGACAAUUGUUGAAUAAUUCAUAAAUUAGUAUAUACAUAAAGAAGAUGGUUGCGGGUGCAAUUUUAAAAACAACCAAAUUAAACUCAAACUUGCUGCAAUGUGUAAAAUUUGUUGCACAAAGCCGCAGUUUUACAACCCAGCUGACAGAACAACAACUUGAAAUACAAGAACUGACAAGAAACUUUAGUGAAAAUCAGCUAAAGCCCAAAGCCGCCAAAUUAGACUCUGAAGGUCGCUUCCCAUUUAGCGAGAUAAAAUCCCUUACAAAUCUGGGUUUGAUGGGCGCAUGUGUCGACCAAAGCUAUGGAGGUCUUGAUCUGGACUACCUGUCGUUGGCGAUAGCCGUCGAGGAGAUCUCCCGCGGAUGUGCCAGUACUGGAAUGAUACUCUCCAUACACAACUUUCUCUACGCAAACUUGGUUAACGAGAAGGGCACUCCCGAACAGAAGGAGAGAUUUCUAUGCGAUUUCACAAAGGGCUCGCUUGGAUGUUUCGCUUUGAGUGAACCCAAUGCCGGCAGCGACGUCGCUAACAUAAGGACGAGAGCACGCAAGGAUGGUGAUUAUUGGAUAUUGAAUGGUAAGAAGAGCUGGGUGUCCACGGCCGUGGAGGGGUCCGCCGCCGCCGUCUUCGCGACCUUCGACCCUGAACUACGGCAUAAAGGACUUGCUUGUUUCCUAGUACCUUUGGACGCUGAGGGAGUUUUCAGAGGCAAGAAAGAGCCUUUAAUGGGCGUCAGGGCGGUGACGGCGUGCGACCUCAUGCUGGAGGAGGUCCGCCUGCCGAGCUCGUGUCUGCUGGGGAGGGAGGGGGAGGGGUUCAAGAUAGCCAUGGAACAGCUCGACCAGGGAAGGAUAGGCAUCGCCGCGCACGCUGUCGGCAUCGCCCAGUCAGCGUUAGACACAGCAAUAUCGUAUGCCAAAGAAAGACACGCCUUCGGUAAAAAUCUAACAAGACUGCCGUCAGUUAAGGAUCGUCUGACGGACAUGUGCAUGCUGGUGGAGACGGCGAGGCUGCUGACGUACCGCGCGGCCUGUGACGUCAGCACCAAGAACAGCGCCAUGGCGAAGUACGUGGCCGGCCGCGCCGCCACGGCCGCGUCCGACCACUGCGUGCAGGUGCUGGGCGGCAGGGGGCUCUCCACGCACUACAGCGCCGAAAGACAUUACAGGGACGCGAGAGGCACACAGAUAUACGGCGGAGUGACGGACAUACAGAAACGAUUGGUUGGACAUUACCUGCUCAAAGAACACAACGCCUUGUAAUAUAUGGGUAUAUAGCGGAGGGUACGAGGGAGGCAGCGGUGAGAUACGCUUACGUGCGGUUAGAUAUGACAAUGGGACUUAACAUUAUAUAUGACGUUACUUAAAAGAUAUUUAAAAUAAUACUUCCUAGCAGUGAGGAAGUCGAAUGUAACGUGCAGACACAGGGGAGGCAGAUAGUGGUGUAUAAUGUAUAUGUGUGUGUAUAUUAAACGAGGUAUACAAUGUCUAAAUAAUCCGUGAUCACGGGCAGCCGAGUUGUGUGUCUGUCCGUGAUCACGGUUGCUGAAAAAUAUUAGUUUUAUUAAAAUUUAAAUAAUCGUGUUUAUUGAAUGAUCGGUGAUAGGGAAUUUUUUUUUUCAACUUCACCGAAUACCGUUAAAUGACAGAAGCCAAAAAUAGACUUUCUCACUGCUAGAAACCUCACUGUCGAUAUUUGACAUUCUGGUGCUGUUAUGUAUAUAAAAUAUAUUCAGUCUUCCAAAAAGAUAAUGUAGCUAGUAUUGUGCUCUAUAAAAAAAUUACUGUAUAUUUUCCUCUUCAAAUCUUUAUUGUAAACUAAAAUAGUGAAAACAAGAUAAUAAUCCCGUUUUUUUCUCACAGUACACACUAUGAAAGAAGUAAUAUUUAAAUUCACAUUAUUAUUUUAUAAAAAGAAUUUGCAGAAUUGAUUAUGUAAUCUGGAUAAAUGUUGCCAUUAGUAAAAAAAAAUGUCAGUUUAUAUUUUGGCGCCAACAGAUCCGGUGCUAUAAAAUAUAUGUAUAAGUUAUUUCAUCACCGUAUAUUUUAAUUUAAAACAAAAUUAAAGUGUCAUUCGUUUUAUAUUUUCUUUCAAAUCGAUCGCUUUUCAUGCGCAACAAAAUUAUCCAAUCUCAUAUAUUUAAACUUCUUUGACUUACCUCCCCGCUUUGACUUCGACUUAUGUUAUUGGUGUCGAGGCUGAAUGCCGUAUGCUUUAACCUCAUUCCAUUUUUAAACAUUUGAAACUUUUGGAGUGACAGGGUCUAUAAAUCUUAAUUUCUAUAUUAUACUGUUUGUUUUAAAUCCUCUUCUAUAUUAACUAUUACAAUACAAUAUAUUUUUAAUUCAAAUAAAACUAUGGUUUAGCAGUUUUUUUCAUCAAAUUUUAUUAGUAGUUACGGUUUCCUUGGUUCUUCUGUAUCACGGUGGGAACAUUCUAGACUUUUCAUGUAUAAUGUCAUUAUUUCUAGAACCAUAGUUUUCUUUGAGCGUGUGCUGUAAUGUUAGAUAUGAUAUUUAUAUUAUUAUGUACUUUUGUAAUAUCACACAUGUUUAUAUUUUUGUUAUGAUCUAUUAAAUGAAUUCCAACAUG